AUGAGUGAUAUCUUGACUGCGGCCACAUUGAGCCUCACUAAUCGAGCUAGAAAGGACGGUGUGCACUUCGUAUUUAGAAUCGACGAAAUCAGAGAUACCCCCGAUCGUGAAACAGGUCUAAAUAAACAGGCACGCGUCGCGGAGGGUAUUACAUACAAGUGGUGGUAUUGUGACUCAAAUAUACGACAGAUCGAAGAGGUGCCUAUUGGAUGGACGCCCUUCGAUGCUUGUAGUACUUACUACGAACGAGAGAUAGGAUAUUGCACAGCUGAAGGCGAUGCGACAACUUGGCCCACAGAUGAGACAAAUGAGAACUGGCUUCCUCUCAGGUUCCAUCAUCAUAACGAAGACUUUUCAUCCAGUCUCAGUAUUGAUCCAUCACACCAUCCGACAUUGAGAUGCCAAAGAGCCAACUCCAUAUGGCCUCAUAUGUUAUUGCCAACCAUAAAUCAUGGACCUUUAACGGCAAAUGAGCAGUACGGCGGCCUGAAGGGCAGAUUAUCCAUCUUCCUUGCCCUUAUGGCUCUUUCAAUCGAACCGGACAAACUUCAAGAAACUAUGCCAAACCUGCGUAAAAACGGGAGGUGGCGAUUUCCCACAUAUCAAAAUGAAAGAUUACAGAGUCGUGGAGUUGUCGUGUACGUCUACUGCGGCACCGACUCAGGUAGUAGGCGUGAAACUCUACAAGCAUAUGAGGAUGGCAUGUAUGGAAACUACUUUGACUGA